AUGAACGAAAACAAGCAUCUCUACGGUUGCCUUCCUGACAGCUCCUAUGCCGUUAAUAUCGAGUCAGGUUGUGGAGAAGACAUGGAGCGACUAUACCGUACCAUGUUCACCUCAUCUUGCCAGGCGCAAGUUCUGACGUUACUUAUAACUUUCCAUGAAGUUGGACUGCAACCUUUGAUAAUGAAACUUAACCUGCGGUUAAAAAGUACGCAGCCUGUCACACAAACGCACAUGCGCUCAGUCAUUUUAGAACGUCGAGAUGGUUCAGUGCGUACCGUCAUAUUAGCAGUAUUGUUGGGACGGUAA